GUUAGGAAGAAUAAGACAAUUGGGUAAGUUGAUAAUAGCUGAUAUCCUAAAUUAAUUAAUUAAUUGAUUUAAGAAAAAAUUCUAAAUAAUAUUAUUAUUUUUUAACAGAAAUUUUCGAAGCCGAGAAGGACGGGUGCAUCAAUAAUGUCGAGAUUCAACAGAAGAAUAACUUGGAAAACCAAUUUCGCUCAUUUAUAGAGCAUGAAUCUCGCAUUGCUACUGCCCAUCAAUCUUCACCUGAUGCUAGUUGGUCCAGCGAUAAGGCUGUCGUGAAUGCGACUUUUUCGAACAAUAGCACCAGUAAUAAUAAUUCAUACAAAACGCAAUCAACUGAUGUCGAUGAAGAAGAAGCUAGCGUAGUAAAUGUAUCGACAUCGACAUGGUCAAAAGGUAUGUUGAAAAUGAACAUUUAUUCAUAACAGCUAAUAAUACGGAACGUUUUAGGGGCUACAGAAGGUGACGAAAGUGAAACAUCAGAUGUUCAAAGAGGUGCAGGGGAAAGAAGCGAUACAGUAAACGGAGAUCACAAAUAUUUCAAUGAAAAAGGCGAGUGUGAGGCGUUCAUACGUAAAUUUGGGCUAACGGCAAGACGGAUGGAAUUUUCGUUUAAAGAUGUGAACGAUGACGAGAUACCACAAAAUUGGUUGAAGAAUGCGUUUCAAGAGUUACUUGAUUAUAUUACCCGUGGAUUUCAACCCACCAGCAUGAUUGGAGUGGUCAUCGAAAAUGAAGAAUUUCCAGACAAACCUGCCGGAAUUUCUUUUCGAAGACUAUCACAGCUGAGCGCGGACGUGGUGAUGGACAUCAUUAGCGCUAUCAUUCAAAGCAACGCUAGCUUUUUCGCUAACGAUAAGAUGACUAUCCGCAUAGAUGUGAUUGAUAUGCCACUAGGUAGAGGAUUUUCCGCACUGGAUGGUAAGUGCGUGAAUUUUAAAGAAUUUUGUAUCGCAAAAAACAGCAUUUUUGUUGUGGAUGUGAACAAUUUUUGCCUAGCGGCGUCUCUAAUUGUUGCUAUUGAGUAUACGGCUAACGGUUGCAAUAGAAAGGUGCUACAGAAAUUUAAAACAAAAAAGGGUAAAAUAGAUUUGCUAAAUCUAGCUCAGGCACUUUGUCAAAGAGUAAAUGUUGAUAUAACACAUGGGGGCGGACACGCUGAAAUUCAGCGGUUUCAAAAUUACUUUAAAGAAGAUUAUAUAAUAGUUGUUUAUAAUAAACGCGACGGAACGUCGGUAUAUUUUAAAGGGGAUUAUAAUAUCAACAAGCCGAGGAUUAACCUUUUAUUGGAAGAUCAACAUUAUAAUGUAAUUUUAAGUUUGACUGGUGCAUUCGCAACGCGAUUUUUCUGCGAAUAUUGUCUGACGAAGUAUUCCCAGCAAGAACGCCAUAAAAAUUGUCCGUUUAAAUGCCCGUGUUGCCUAACGUCGCCUCCAUGUAACGACGACCCAAAUGUAAUAAGUUGUAAUAUGUGUAACAGGGUUUUUAAAGGGGAGAUUUGUUUAAAUAAACAUAAAAAAGCCAAGACUUGCGAUCGUAUAAAGCGUUGUAGUACUUGUCACGCCGAGAUUACACCAAAAAACAAAAAAAAGAGUACUCACAAGUGUGGAAAAAAAUUUUGUAACACAUGCAAAGAGGAUAAGGAUAUUAGGCACGAUUGCUACAUGCACCCUUGCAAAGUUACGCGUAACAACAAUGAAGCACAUUUUGGUAGAAAUAAUAAUUUUCUUUUCAUCUUUUUUGAUUUUGAAACGAGACAAGAGAAAAAAAUUGGUGAAAAAUUGUUUCUGCAUGAACCAAAUCUAUGUGUAACGCAGCAAAUAUGUAAAAAGUGCUUGUCGAACGAUGAUAUGAGCGAAAAUUGUGGUGUAUGUGGUCAACGCCAAUACAUUUUUAAUAAUGAGCCUGUAUCACAGCUCAUGGAACACAUUGCCAAAAUGUCAAAGAUUUUCGCUGUGACAGCCAUUGCACACAACAUGAAAAAUUUCGACGGAGCUUUUAUACUACAACACAUUUUUUCGAAUAUAUCACGCUGGCAGCCAAAAGUUAUAAAGCAAGGUAUGAAAAUAUUAUCGAUAACAUGCGGUGGUUCGAUACGGUUCAUAGACAGUUUGAAUUUUAUUCAGCUACCACUGGCGUCAUUUCCUAAAACUUUUAAAUUAGAAGGUGGUAAAGGAUAUUUUCCUCAUUAUUUCAACACGUUAGAGAAUCAAAAUUACACCGGAGACAUACCAUCAGUCGAGUAUUACGGUUGUGAUGUCAUGAAAAAGAACGAACGCAGAGAUUUCAUGGACUGGCAUCGUCGGCAAGUUGCCGAUAAUUAUGUAUUCACCAUGAAAAAUGAGAUAAUAAAAUAUUGUGUAUCCGAUGUUGAUAUUUUGAGGAGAGGGUGUUUGAAAUUUCGCGAAUGUUUUACGGAGAGCUGUAAUGUAGACCCUUUGUUAGAGUGUAUAACUAUUGCGUCAUCAUGUAAUCUCGUAUUUAGGAGAAACUUUUUAAAACCCAACACAAUAGGUAUUAUACCUACAGGGGGUUAUAGAGGUAGGGAUCGGCAUAGUAAGAUAGCGAUAGCUUGGUUACUAUGGCAAGAGUAUACAUUGCAAUGCCGAAUUAAGCACGCUGGAAAUGGUCCAGAGGUUCGUUUGCGAGAAAAUAUCGUGGUCGACGGAUUUUGCAGCGAAACAAACACCGUUUUUGAAUUUUCCGGAUGCUUCUGGCAUGGGUGCCCUAGAUGCUUUCCCGAUUUUGAUUCUGAAUUGGCCGACAGAAAUGAGCUGAUGGUUACGCGGUAUGAACGAACUAUAUUUAAAAACGAACGCAUCAAAAAUAACGGCUAUAAUUUGAAUGUAAUAUGGGAGUGUGAUUUUCGUAAACAAAUAACGGAAAACCGGGAACUAAAGCAGUUUGUAGAUAAUCAUUUAUUUUCAAAAAACACACCCCUCAAUCCGCGCGACAGUUUUUACGGUGGUCGUACGAACGCGUCACAGUUAUAUUACAAAUGUCAACCAGGCGAGAGAAUACUGUAUUUCGAUGUUUGCUCGUUGUACCCGUACGUAAACAAGUACGGUCGGUACCCUGUCGGUCAUCCUACAGCCAUUCAUGUCGGCCAUCCAGAAUGCGUAAAAGUCGAUCUAAACAAAGUCCAUGGUUUUAUUAAAUGUAUUGUUUUACCACCUGUUUCGUUGUAUCACCCUGUUCUGCCGUACAAAUGUAAUGGUAAAUUAACUUUUCCUCUUUGCAAAACGUGUGUUGAAACCCUGUAUGAACAAGAUUGCCCGCACAACGACGGACAGCGUCAGUUUACGGGUACUUUCGUUGCAGACGAGUUGCGUAAGGCUUUGGAGUUAAAGUACAGAAUUAUCGAAAUUUUUGAAAUAUGGGAAUACGACACCGUAAAAUACGACCAGAAACUAAAACAGCAAGAGUGUAGCGGGUGGCCUACAUGGUGUAAUACAGAACACGAGAAAGACAACUACAUUCGCGAGUAUUACGAUCGUGAGGGGGUUAAAUUAGAAAAAAACAAAAUAUGCAAGAAUCCAGGGUUACGUUUCUUGGCCAAAUUAAUGCUCAAUUCAUUUUGGGGCAAAUUCGGGCAGAGACAAAAUCUGCAGCAGACUGCUAUCAUUGAUCAGCCUUACAAGCUGUUCGAAAUGUUUGCAUCACCCGGUCGUUGCGUCAAUAACUUAACCGUUAUCAACCCUGAAGUACUCCUAGUAAAUUGGGAGCGCGUGGAGGAGGAUAUAUUGGCUUCUAGCACCACUAAUGUAGCUAUCGCUAGUUAUACUACUGCUUCGGCACGAUUAGUUCUUUAUCAUUUUUUGGAAAAGUUGGGACGACGAGUAUUAUAUUACGACACUGACAGUGUUUUCUUCACUGCCAAACCAGACGAAUGGGUACCUGAUACCGGCGACUUUUUAGGCCAGCUAACCGACGAAUUAGCUGAUUAUGGUCCAGGUAGUUACAUUACGGAAUUUGUGAGCGGCGGACCUAAAAAUUACGCCUAUGAAUUCUUGAAUGCUAACAAAGGGAUAAUUGAGCCAGUGUGUAAGGUGAAGGGUAUAACUCUACACUACUCCAAUAAUCAAAAAGUUAAUUUUAACGUAUUAAAAUCGAUGAUUCUGGAUAAAGAGGCUCCAAACGUGGUCGAAGUAAUCGAUAAACAAAUUUUUAAAGAUAAAUUUUUUAAUAUAUUAACGAAAGACGCAACAAAAAAUUAUUUGCGAAAUGAUGUAUUUACUAAAAAUUGUGAAAUAAAUAUUGUUUUUCAUUCAUACACUUUUUUUUUCGCCGCCGUCCGCGCCCCCCGCCGUCCGCGCCCCGACCGCGCCCGCGCCCGCCGUCCGCGCCCCGCCCGCGCCCGCGCCCGCGCCCGCGCCCCGCCGUCCGCGCCCCGCCCGCGCCUGCGCCCCGCCGUCCGCGCCCCGCCCGCGCCCGCGCCCCGCCGCCACACGGGCUGCGUGAGGCGCGGCGAGGAGGGCGGGCGGCGGGCGGCGGGGCGCAGGCGCGGGCGGGGCGCGGACGGCGGGGCGCGGGCGCGGGCGCGGGCGCGGGCGGGGCGCGGACGGCGGGCGCGGGCGCGGUCGGGGCGCGGACGGCGGGGGGCGCGGACGGCGGCGAAAAAAAAAGUGUAUGAAUGA